AUGAAGCGCGAUUCUGUGGAAGAUCCUCCCAGGCGAGAAUGGGAUUGGAUGGUCUGGUAUGCGAUAGACAGUGAGGAAUGCGAACUAGUAUACGUCGGGAAAAUCAGCGGUCGCUCGAAGGUGAGAGAGUCUGUGGAUGUGGAUGUGGAUGUGGAUGUGGAUGUGGAUGAAAGUUUUAUUGGCGCAUUUAAUGCAGCGACCAACGGGGAACUGAGAAGUAUCCAGUCAACGGCUCUAAAGCCGGCGAGCAAUGGGAAGAUGAAAGGGAGUCAGAGUCACGCAGGCACAAGCCAGUCACACACCCGGUUGGGUUGCGCGCAAGGACGGGGGCGGUGGGCAGAUGCUCCUAUCGAUAACGAAUGCCCCCCUCCUUCGCGGUGGGAAAGCGUUGGCGCGAUCGACGAGUCGGACUAUGAAGUGGUUGCGCAUAUGCCUCUGGACGGGUACAUUGGUCUCUCUAUAUAUAAAGGAGCCCCGUCAUCAUCAAAAGGGGGGAAGGAGAGCCCGACAAAGGGUAUUCAGAGCAUUACCAAAAAGGGCUUAAACAGUCCAGGUAUUCGUUGUCAUUCUCUUCCCGGCAUCAAGUGGGGUAGUCGGAGAACAUUAUUAUUACUGCUUUGA